AUGUGGAUGGUGGCACGCUUCAAGAUGCAUCGACUCCGCACUUAUUACAACCCCGCUUUCUUCACCAAAAGCUAUCCCGCUCUCGCUAUAACCAUGAAUUCUCCAACUUCCGGCCACACCGGGAGAAAUACGGCUGACAAGGAUGCGAAUGACUUCCAACGAGCUCAAGACGCAUAUCACGCCGCAUUUGGGGCUUUCCCACAAAGCAAGGAUGACAUAAAGCUUUUCGAGACCCUAUAUAAUUCCGAGGACAGGACAGGUGGAUUGACAAGCCAGAGCAAGAUUGUAUCAGCAUCUAGCGAUCACACCUUACGAGUGUGGAACGCCACCACUGGCAAAGAAGAAUAUACCCUCAUCGGUCAUUCAGAAGCCGUUACCAGCGUCGCCGUGUCGCCUGAUCGGAAGACGAUCGCUUCCGGUUCAACUGAUCUGAUCGUGCGGCUAUGGGACACGACAACGGGCCGGCAAACGCGCUUGCUCACCGGCCAUUCCAGUGCCAUCAAGAGCGUUGCCUUCGCCUUCGAUGGGACCAAGCUUGCUUCUGGGUCCGAUGACGGUACGGUUCUGGUGUGGGAUCUAGCAACAGGCCAGCAGGAGCGUAUCCUCUCGCACACUACCGCCAGCGCUUCCUAUGGCUACUACGGCUCUCAGGCCCACACUAUUAAACACGCUGUUACUAGUGUUGUCUUUUCUCUCGAUGGCAAGAGAAUCGUAGCUGGAACAAGGGAUAACGGGAUAUGGAUGUCGGAUAUAGCGACCGGCACACAAGAACCCCUUUCCCGUCACUCCAGUGCCAUCACCAGCCUCGCGAUCUCCUUAAACGGGCGCCAGAUGGCAUCGGGAAGUACUGACGGCACUGUACAAAUCUGGGAUGCUACAACUAAUCAGGCCCAGCAUCUUCUUUCGGGUCAUUCUGGCGCCAUCACCAGUAUCGCCUUUUCGCCAGACGGAAGUAAGAUUGCAACGGGGUCCGGUGAUUGUACCGUUCGUCUGUGGGAUGCGGAAAGCGCCAAGGAAGAGCGGAAUCCCAUGAGCCAACCUAGUAAUGUCAAGAGUCUAGCCUUCUCGUCCGACGGUAGGAAGAUUGCGGCCGGUUUGGCUGAUCACACAUUGAGGCUGUGCGAUGUGGCGACCGGCCUCGAGGAGUGUGCAUUUACAGGCCAUUCUGGCGAUAUUACCGGUAGUGCUUUUUUCUAA